AUGUCUUCCAGCUCGAAGCCAUAUACAAUCAUCAUCUUCGUUACCCGCAAGUCAGACAUAUCACCCGAGCAGUUCAAGGACCACUGGGAAAAUGUUCAUGUCCCUCUGCUCCAGUCUCUCGCCGGCCCCCGAUUUCCCUUGUCUCACACCCGUCACUAUCUUGCUCGGGAUUCGGCGAGCCCUACAUACCCCUUGAACAUGUUGGUCGGAAAACCCGAAAAUAUCAACUUUGAUGGCUUUGCCAUUAUAACCUUUGCGAGCGAAGAGGCAUUCAAAGAUUUUGUACCCAUUAUAUCGCUGCCGGAGGUUGCUGAGGAUGAGGAUAGAUUCACGGACCGGGAGAGCUUGAGGGCCGUGGUUAUGGGAUGUCGGAACGAGACAGUCGGCAUCUGA